UAAUCGAGGAGAAAAGAAAGACUUAUUCUUCGCUGUCUACGUGGAAUCGUCGUGUGCAUCGAUCCAACGCGCAGAUCCUGCUAUGGAACUGCAGGAGAUGUUUCGCUAUGGAUACAUGUUCCCGCCGCGCGAAGAUGAACCGCUCGUGCCCGCUUGCGCGUACCUGGACCUGAAUUACGCGAAGACGACGAGUAAGACCGCCGUUGGCCUGCCACCCGUCAGCACCCUCACCGUGCCGCACAACCUCGUCUACGACAGCAGCAAUUGCAGCGACGGCUGGCACACCCCGAGUCCAACGGCCAGUCUGCGAUCCGUCAGUCCCGCUACCACGUUGUCGAUCUCCUCAGAGCCGGAAACGAUUAACAGUGCGCCGACAUAUCGGCUACUGGGCUCGACCAUCAAGGACAAGAGAAACAUGACGACGAGAAGAGGAUCGAUGAUCGGGCUGAGUAACAUCGGGAACAAACGGCUGCACGUGGACCACCUCGUGGCCGAAGAGAUGAUCAAUUUGGACGUCGAGCGCGAGGACGUCGAGGAGACGAUCAACCUGGACGCCGAUAAAACGCGAUCCUGCCAUGGCAGCAUUAUCAGCAACUCCAGCAGCGGCGGUCUGUCCGACAGAACGUUGGACGGCGACAGUGAGGAGGAUGCGGAUGAGGUCAGCGACGGAGGCGCGGAUCAUCCGGAGAAUGCGCACGUCACUUCCGGCGGACGCGAUUCCCGUAGGAGGGGCAAGUACGUCAACUCAACCAUCGUGAGGAAACGCCGGCUGGCCGCGAACGCGCGCGAGAGGAGGCGGAUGCAGAAUCUGAACAAGGCGUUCGACAGGCUGCGCGCUUAUCUGCCGACCCUGGGCAACGAUAGACAGUUAUCGAAAUACGAGACGCUGCAGAUGGCUCAAUCCUACAUCACUGCACUUUACGACUUGCUGCAGUAAAAAAGAGGGAGACGCAAGAAGGAAGAAGAAGAAGAGAAAGAGGGAGUGCGUUCGUUCGCCGCGAUACCGGAAGUCAAGUUCGCCAAGUAAAAAAAAGCCGACCUAACGAGUGUCAGCGAGUACUUCUCUCUGUAGAGUAGUGAUUCGCGAGUUUUUUUCUAGACAUUAUUAA